AUGAAUAUUGCCAAGAAGACAUACUACACUCUCACCCAAAGUCGCUAUAAACCACGGUCUAGAAGAGAAAAUCAAAAUCCAUAUAUCCUUCCUUCGAACACAACAUUUCUCCAUCGACACAAGAGUUUCAUAAGAGGAGAGAAGAAGAGUCACGAAAAAGGAGAAAGAACCAAAGAGAAGGAGAAGAUAGGUCUCAAAGAUAGAGAAAAAGGUAACGCUUAG